AUGGUGGGCACAAUAAAUGGUUCACAUCCAGCAGCAACAGCUGCACCAGUAGGACCUCCAACGCGACCUGUUGUCGCACAAGGAGCAGCUGCAACAGGAGGUUUAGCAAAUGAAAUAAAGCAAACAUUAACUAAUAUGGAACAACUACGUGUCAUAGAACUGAAAAGUUUAUCUAAAUCGUUAGGGUUAUCCACAGGAGGUUUAAAAGCACAAUUACAAGAACGAAUAGGAGCAUUUAUUAAAAGAUCUAUGUGUUCAGGAGGUAUCGAUCCGUGGAGGCCAAAAGCCAUAAAUUGUUUAAUAACUAAAUUACAACAUAAUGAAACUACAUUGCCUGUAUAUUUCGAUGUAUGGGAAGCUAUCAAAAUGGGGCGACCUAUUCCAACUUCCAAGCAACCAUCAAGUACAAUAAGAGGAACAGCACAGUUCCAAGUUCAUGUUGGAUCUUCUACUAAUGGAACCCAAAAUGGACAUCAAGCUUUAACGUCCGGACCUCAAACUACUAUUAUGAAUAAAAAUGAUAAGACUAUAUCAGAAACCUAUAUGUCAUCCAUAUUCUAUAAGAUAAUACGAAAAAUUACGAAUUCAGAUAUGUAUUUACCAAAAACAGAACAAAGAGGUAGAAAACAAAGUAAGUUUAGAUUUCACAAACAUGAGUGCCUUAGUGAACAAACGACUUCGAAACAUAAACUUUUUUUAUUUUGUCAUGAAGUUACACCUUAUAAUAAACGUCCUGAAGAAAUAAAAUUCCCAUUUUUAAAUGAAAUAACGAUGAAUGGAAAUAAGAUAACAGAUAAUGUUAGAGGGAUAAAAAAUAAACCAGGUACUGCUAAGCCUGCAGAUUUAACAAAUUUUAUAUCAGAUGCAGGAUCUAAUACUGUUGAAAUUCUCUAUGCACAAACUAGUAAAGAUUUUCGAGCUGCAUGUUACCUUGUUUCCGAAUUUUCACCAGAGAUGUUAGUACAACAAGUUAUUCUUCACAGACCAAAGAUCCUACGAUCUGUAACAUUAUCUUUUAUUAAGAAAACAUUAAAUGAAGAAAGUGAUGAUGAUUUUGUGACAACUUCAAUGAUUUUAAGUUUGCAAUGUCCUAUAUCAUAUACAAAAAUGAAAUAUCCAGCAAAAUCGGCUACAUGUGACCAUAUCCAAUGUUUUGAUGCUUUGUGGUAUUUACAUUCUCAAAGACAAGUACCGACAUGGUUAUGUCCGGUAUGUUCUAAAGUUAUUAAAUUUGAUCAAUUAGAGAUAUCAGAAUAUGUAGAUGAUAUUAUACGGCACUCUAGCGAUGAUGUAGAACAAGUACAAAUUAAUACAAAUGGAGAUUGGACUCCACUACAUGAAGAUGAACCUAACGAUGGAAAACAAGAGACAAAUACUGGUGAUGGAGUUAAAAAAGAAGGUGAUACAAGUUUAGGUUCCAUUCAAACAACGGAAGCUAAGAAUUCAAAUUCACAUGGUGGAAAUGCUGACACUGUUGUUAUUUCAUUGGAUUCCGACGAGGAACAAGAGGAGGAACAAGAGGAGGAACAAGAAAAAGAGGAUGCUGCUAGUACUACUAGUACCACUGGUGCCAAUGUAACAACAAGUAAUAUACCGUCUGCAUCCAGUACUACUACUGAUUUAGCCACAAGUAUCAACGGCGAUAAUAAUCAUGACUCGGACGUUGAUUCAGAUGAACCGUUAUCUCAAAUUAGAAGACAUCAUCCUGUUCCUGGUAACACUAAUAAUAUCAACGUAUCUGUACCAAAUGUAAUAGAAUCAUCAUCAAAUGUCACAACAGAUGAAGCUGGAUCAUUACAAAUACCUACACCUCCAGCAGAUUCAUCAUUAAGUGGAACCAGUACGACGAAAACGGUUGAACCUACGUCAUCGACUACAACUAAUAAUAAUAAUCCAAGUAGACCCGAAAAUUCCAAUGGUCAAAUUGUAAAUACUACUAAUUUUACGAAGACUAAUCCUCCCUUACUUUCAGGCGCAUCUUUAUCAUCUAAUUUAUUAGGUCUCACAGGUACAUUUUCUACUAAUAGUUCGGGACUUUUCUCUAAUAAGACAAGUACGGGUACAAUGGGAUCCAAUAGUAGAUCAAUAGCAGCUGGAACAACAAAUACAAGACGUAUUCCUAAUAAUGUUGUGUCACCAUUUAUACCACGUAAACAUUAUCCAUCGAUUAUACCAAAAAAACGUACUGUAGAACAAACAAGUGAUAAGAAUAGAGGAGACGUUCCUUCUGAUGCAUUAAUUAGAAAUGAACUUGGUGUUGAAAUGAGUAAUGGAAGACCUGCAGGUCCACUGGAUAAUGAAGUUAUUGAUCUUACAUCUGAUGAUUAA